CACAGUGUAAUCCAAGGACCGCCAUCCACUGAGAUUCUUUUGGGAAAUAAACAAUCUACAAUCUGCCUCUCACCAUCACAAGCACCUAAAAGAGGAGCUUGGAGUGUGAAGAGAUGCCUUAGUUGUGAAAUCUUAGAAAAUAUGGAUACAGUUCUUGGUCGGUCUUGCAGAUAAGUUUUUGUCUUUUAGCCAAACAAUCACUGGUGUGAGUCAAGCUCUGAUUUUUCCUCCCACUCUCCCAAAUCACCACAAACUCAUCUUUCAACUCAUGGAGGGUUCUGUUCUGACAGAAAGUGAAGUUUGGAAAGUUGGUUCAGGGACCAGUGCAAGUUUAAACACUGAUGACAGAAGUAUUGACUAUUCACCCCUUAUGAGUGACACAGUGAGUGACGAAAACCUGACCAAAGCAUCUGAAAACCCUGGAACCACAGUCCACAAGGGUAUCUGCAGCACCAUCCAAGAAGAGUCCGAACCAGAGAUUUCAGAAGAUCAGAUCAAGUCUUUAAUUCCACAUGAGCAGCAAUUAGAAGAGGAUUUAUCCUCCACUCAAACAACAAUCAAGAGUGAUGAACCUUCAGAGCCAACGUGCCAACAAGAGAGGAGUGUUAACCAAGCAGAAGAACUAGCAAGUAAGACUGAACAACAAGACCUUUACCAGGAGAUUCAUCAGGAAAUCACAAUACUGGUAACCAAUCAUGACUCUAUUUUGGAAGCUGAGGAAGAUGAGGAUUUUGGGGAAGAGAAAACUUCCAGCUCCCCUACUGAACCUCAGACACCAACUGAGGGUGGAGGACCAACUGAGGAUGAAAGUCUGGAUGGUUCCAUCCUUGUGGCGAACAUUAUUGAGGUCAGCCAAGUCCAGAAGACAAGUAUUAGUCUUAGUAAGUGUGAAGCUGAAGGGCCAAAUUUGCCUGGAGGUCAGGCACAAGAGGACAAUGAGAACUGUAAGAGUGAGAGCAGCAAUGGGACAAACUCGGAACAAACCCAACACGAAAACAAGCAAAGCACAGGUUCAAGUCCCCCAACAAAAACAGACUCAAGCAGCACACAAGCUAGCACAAAAGCUGAACCCAGGGCCUCAGUAAAUGUGAAUGAUGGUGAUCUGAAUGAUCAGCCUAUGCAGUCUGAGGCUGCAGAAGUAAAUGCAAGACUGAAGAAAAUAGAAUCUACAGAAUCCAGAGAUUCUGGGUGGCUCUCUCAAGAGGCCGCUUUGAGUCGCUCACCAGGACACCAACAGCAUGUGCAAACCCAGGUCAGUCUUGAGGUGAUGUAUCAGUCCGUGGCCACCAGCCCCAUGACCCCUCCUGAGGGUUCUGCUGCAUUCAUUUUUCCCUCCUCCUUUGGGAAACUGGCCAACAAGUGCAGUACAGACGAGGCACAGACCAUAGAGACAAAAGAUGCUGAGUUGCAGGUGGGCUUGAAGGUGGAAUCUCGUUCAGUCGCCACAGCUCCCAUGAGCCCCAUCAUUCUGACUGCACCUGAGGUGAUCCCAGAGCCAGAGCCACGACCAGGGGUGGCUGCAGAAGAAGUGCCAGAACCUGUUCCAGAAGUGAGCUGGGAUGAAAAGGGGAUGACUUGGGAGGUGUACGGUGCAGUGGUGGAGGUGGCAGUGUUGGGUACAGCCAUUCAAAAACACCUGGAGAAACAGGUGAAAAAAUACGAGAAAAAACCUUCAGACUUGCACACGCUGAUAGAUGUUCCAUACAUUGACCCAACAGAAAUAACUGCGUCGACCCCUUCCAGUCCUCCUCCUACAUCAGACCCCAGAGAAACCAGCCAAGCCAAAGAACAAAGAAAGAAUAAAGAAGAAAAGAAAGUCACGAGGGGCAGGCGUCGACAGAAUCCUUUUCGUCAGUGGUCUAGGAAUGUCUGGCGGCCAAGCUGUUGCUCCAGGCCACGUCAAGAUGAGGAAUACUAAGGAACAAAUGACACACAAUCUAAAGGCUCACAUUCACAUUUGCACAGCAAAAUUCUGUGGACGAAAUACAGUCAUCUCAAUGGGAUUCUGCGCAAUCAAGAAUUUCGCCUGAUGGAAUUCCAUGGGGUUCAAGUUUGCAAACAUUGAUCAAUAAAAAGUUGCUUGGUUUGGCAGUGAGCUCUGUGUGGGUGGUCCUUCAUACAUAGUACAUGCGGGUUUCACGCAUGCUUGUCAUCUUCCCACGCCUUCUUCGACAAUGAAAUUUAGCCAUGCAAGGCUGAAUGUGACCAAGCCAUGAUGAUGGCACUAUUCAGACAAUCUCCCCAAAAUUUGGCUUUAGUGAUAACCUGUUGCAUGGUUUGGUUUUGUUCAAUGAUAAGCCCCUUUAACAUUCCCUACUAGGAGUUCUUUCUUUACAGAGCGCUUUAAGUCUUCUGUAAAGACUCGAAUGGACACUGCACCAGAGGAAGCCUCCCAUAUGGAUAUUCAUUAUCAACAAUAAUUACCAUUUUAGUUUGGGUUGGUUUCAAACACUAUUGACAAAUAUAGACAUCUUAAUUUCUACUUGCUUUCUGGUUAUUUUGAAAUAGCACUAACCAGCUUUGUUGCUUUGAGUGUUUUUCUCUUUUUCGCUUCUGUCAAGACCUUGUUACCCAGAUGUCAGUAAGGAUCACUUUUAAAGUGACUUUUUACAUAUAAAAGUUCUACACAAGUAAUUUGACCUUUAAAAGUAUUCAACAUGUAAAUAUAAAUUCAUCAUAUAUAUUUCAGGAGCAGUAGAGUAGAUUUAUAGAGCGACAGUACCAAGUACUGUGAUUUGCAAAAAACUACCCUGAAAAAUUCCUUGUGUUUCAAUCAACAAGAAAAUGAUGUCUCUGAUUCUGCAACAGUGAAAUAUUUGGUGUUCUUCAUGAGUUUAAGAGUAUCUCUUUUCUAAUUGCUUUUGUACAAUCCUGUAAUUUUUUAUGGAUCUGUCUUGUAUUAGCAGUUUAUCUCAGCACACCAGUAACAAACACACCUUGAAGCCUUACGUUCCUUGCGAUGUUUUGUGACUAUUGUGAUAGCUGUAAUGUGAAAGAGUUUUAAAAUUAAAUACAUGUCUAUAAGAGAAAAGCAAAAACUCACCUGUUAUUGAGAAAGUGGACUCUGGUGUUGGCCAUUACAUGACAAAGUUUAUUUUAAUAAUGUAGCUAAAUUUAGAUAACAUUUUAUCAAAUGAUUGAACUUAGCACAUAUUCAUAAAAAUACACCAUAUACAGUAUAGACAGUUUAAGAUAUCUACACCCUGGCGACCAAACUGACUUAGCAAGAUCUGAGGUCUUUAUUUGCUUGCUUUGAUUUGACUCAGACUUAUGCCAAGUAGGAUUGUCCCAGGUAACAUUUGGCAGGGUUUACAAGCAGUAUAAUUCCGUAGAUUUACUGUAAAUUUGUUUCUGUUGAUGCAGUUCUUGUUCUUCUUAACCAUUUCUACUUGUUUAAUUUUGUUCAAAGAAAUAUGAAAAGUGCGUCAAAUUGAGUUCCAUUCUGUAUGCCAGAAUAUAAGAUGAAUGAUUAAGUUUAACUUAUUAGAGAUUCCAAGAGUUCUGUCAUUGAAACAAAUAUGCUAUGGAAAAUGAAAAAGAAUAAAGCAAAGUAAACACUG